CAUCAGUUCUGUCAGAACUGCGACCCAGAGAAAAAAAAAGAAAGGGGGGUCCUGCUCCGUUGAAUGACCCUGUUUACAAGCCGCCCAUCAGCUAAUUCGGUUACUAUCAAUGCCUUCGGCAGUUCGACCCAAAAAGCUUCAGAAGGAGGGAGACAGAAAACACCAGAAAAAGAAAGCCAGAGGAAAAUGUUGAUUUAUAUCUCGAUCAAUAGAAGAGCGAUCAUCGUUUGAUAGGAAUCGGCUGGCUUAUCUGUAGGGAAGCCGGCGCUGGGCGGACUGUGGAGGCAGGGAGUCGGACGGCUCGGAGGGUUUUCACCAUGGACAGCUCCUUGCGGGACUCACCCCCUCCGCUCUCCCUCUCCAAACGCCAGUCUUCCAGCUCGCCGCCCGUGCUAGCAAACGCCUCCUGCUCCUCCUCUCCCUUGGGAACGACCAUCUCGCUCACAGUCCGGGAGAUCUGACGUCAGAAAUCGCUUUCGUCGGCUUGACGUGUAAACACUCAUUUCCAUUUUGGCUGUGGCGGGUUUGGGUUGUGUUCAAGCAUGAGCCAGACCUAGAGAGACGAUCUGCAAGCGCAGCAGCACAGCCACUUUCUUGGGCACUGCCUUGUUUUUGGUUUGUUUGGUUUUUCCCCCCCUUCGGCCGUCCACUUCGCUUCAAGAGAAGAGUCUUCAGCUCAUAUCUUUUUAACCCGAUUUCACCGACUUUGAUUUUGAAGCAGAUUAAUUCCCCCCCGCCCCUUCCCUCUUAAUUUCUUCCUGCUUCUCUUUUGACUCUCCGGGUGCCAUGGGAGAGAGACGGUGGGCAGAGCAAUGCGUUGCUGCGGUUCUGCUGUGUUCCUGGAGUGUAGCUAUUCUGGCCAAGGCAGAGAGGCAGUUUCUCAACGAAUGGGCAGCAGAGAUCCCAGGAGGUCCCGCGGCGGCAAAGGCCAUUGCUGAUGAGCUGAAUUAUGACUUCAUGGGGCAGAUUGGAUCACUUGAAAACCAUUACUUAUUUAGACACAAAAGCCAUUCUAAAAGGUCUCGAAGAAGUGCUGCUCACAUGACGAAAAGACUCGCAGAUGAUCUUCGUGUAUCUUGGGUGGAACAACAGUAUGAAAAGAAGCGAAGUAAACGUUCAGUAUUGAGAGUUUCAGCUGAAAAUCUUUUUAAUGACCCAAUGUGGAAUAAACAAUGGUACCUGCAAGACACAAGAAUGUCUCCAUCUUUGCCAAAACUGGAUCUUCAUGUCCUUCCUGUGUGGCAAAAAGGACUCACUGGCAAAGGGGUUGUUAUAACAGUUCUUGAUGAUGGUUUGGAGUGGAAUCACACAGACAUUUAUAAUAAUUAUGAUCCUGAGGCAAGUUAUGAUUUCAAUGACAAUGAUCAUGAUCCAUUUCCCAGAUACAAUCCAACAAAUGAAAACAAACAUGGAACACGAUGUGCAGGAGAGAUUGCCAUGCAAGCCAACAAUUUAAAAUGUGGAGUUGGAGUUGCAUACAAUUCCAAAGUUGGGGGCAUAAGAAUGCUGGAUGGAAUAGUCACUGAUGCCAUCGAAGCCAGUUCCAUUGGGUUCAAUCCAGAUCAUGUGGAUAUUUAUAGUGCCAGUUGGGGCCCAAAUGAUGAUGGGAAAACUGUCGAGGGGCCUGGCCGCCUGGCACAGAAGGCAUUUGAAUAUGGGAUCAAAAAGGGUCGGAAAGGAAAAGGCUCCAUUUUUGUCUGGGCUUCUGGCAAUGGUGGCCGUCAAGGAGAUAACUGUGACUGUGAUGGCUACACAGAUAGUAUUUACACUAUCUCCAUCAGCAGUGCUUCUCAGCAAGGCCUUUCUCCCUGGUAUGCAGAGAAGUGUUCUUCAUCAUUGGCCACAGCAUACAGCAGUGGGGAUUAUACUGACCAGAAAAUUAUAAGUGCCGAUCUUCACAAUGACUGCACCCAGACUCACACUGGUACUUCUGCUUCGGCUCCCUUAGCUGCAGGGAUUUUUGCUCUGGCCCUUGAAGCCAAUCCUAAUCUAACCUGGAGGGAUAUGCAGCAUUUGGUAGUCUGGACAUCUGAAUUUGAUCCGUUGGCCAACAAUCCAGGAUGGAAGAAAAAUGGAGCUGGGCUGAUGGUGAACAGCCGAUUUGGAUUUGGGUUACUGAAUGCAAAAGCACUAGUAGAUUUGGCAGAUCCUAGAACUUGGAAAGGAGUGGGAGAAAAGAAAGAAUGCAUUGUUAAGGACAACAACUUUGAGCCAAGGUCAUUAAGAGCUGGUGGUGAAGUGACCAUUGAAAUUCCUACAACAGCUUGUGAAGGUCAAGAAAAUGCCAUUACAUCACUGGAACAUGUUCAGUUUGAAGCAACAAUUGAAUAUUCUCGUAGAGGUGAUCUUCAUGUGACCCUAACUUCUCCAUCAGGAACCAGUACAGUUUUAUUGGCUGAGCGGCAAAGAGAUAAAUCACCCAAUGGCUUUAAAGACUGGGAUUUCAUGUCAGUUCACACUUGGGGGGAGGACCCAAGAGGCACAUGGAUGUUAAAAAUAAUUGAUAUGUCUAGACGAACGCAAAAUGAAGGAAGAAUUGUAAACUGGAAAUUGAUCUUGCAUGGAACUUCAUCCAAGCCAGACCACAUGAAGCAACCUCGUGUCUAUACAUCAUAUAAUACAGUUCAAAAUGACAGGAGAGGAGUUGAAAAGAUGAUGGACUUUGUGGAGGACCACACCACAAUGGAGAACCUGAGUGAAAAAAACAAGGCAACAGAAAGUACCAUCCACAGCACAGAGAAAUGGCAGGAGCUGGCCUCGUCAGAUGCAAUGCUCCAUCUGCUGCAAAGUGCAUUUAGUGAUCAGAUGGGCGGGAAUAAAGUACCAAAGAAGACUCCAAAUGGAAAGCUAAAUAUUCCAUAUGAACAUUUCUAUAAGGCUUUGGAGAAACUAAAUCAACCCCCUCAGCUGAAGGACUCAGAGGAGUCUCUAUAUAGUGACUAUGUUGAUCUUUUUUAUAAUUCUAAACCAUACAAGCAUAGAGAUGACAGAUUAGUCCAAGCCUUGGUUGAUAUUCUGAAUGAUGAAAACUAAAAGCAUAGGCUAUAGGGCACUAGGUUGGAAAUAUUCAUUUUCCCUUCCCAUCUCCAUAAUACUUCUCAUUUCAGAACAAUUUCCACUUAUUCUGACAAUUUGGAUUACCACUUUUUUGUUGCUUUCUGCUUACCAGCUACCCACAAGAUGGGGAGAAGUGAAAGGAAAACUUACUAGACAUGAGGUAAUCACCACUUCAUUCAAAGUUUUCAGUACUCAUAAACAAUAGCAAUUCACUCUAGGGAUUUUUCCCUGUAUCCUUUCUCUACAAAUUGCACACGAAUAUAUUAGCCCUGAUUUCUAUCCAGUUCCCACUGCUUUCCAUUUAACAUUUUUCAGAGGCUCUCAUGUAGCCUUUCAAACUAUUUUUCCAGACGGGAGUGAACAUCAAAGCUUUAGACAUAAAACACACUCAAGCAAAUGUAAGGUCGGCCCAGUUUUAAUUCAGAUCUUCAUUGAAUUCAGAGAAGAAAAAACGAUAUAAAGCAAGGGGGGAGGGAAAACUCAACUACCAAUGCUCUGACAAUCUGGAAAACUUCACCAGGUGCCUUGAAGAUGACAGAGAGAUUAGCAGGUGAACAUCUCUUGGAAGGUAGUUGGAACCACAAAAAAGAAACUGUGUCCCACAGAUACCCACCUCACAUCAGACGACAAGGCAACCUGAACACUGGGUCACUUCAAGGUAUUUUGUAAAUGUAAACAAUUCUCCUUUAGAUCCUUCUCCCAGCAUUUUCUUUCUUUUCUCCAUUCUUGCCUCCAUCCUUCAGACAAGAACAAAAGUGUGUCUUCCUCAUCCACUUCCCAUUCAUGUUUCAGUAGUUGGCAGCAAGCAAUACACUCCUGGUAGAUCUUAUCAAACUUGCUGAACUCUCAUGAGAUUCACUGAUCACCCAGUGCUAAGCCAAAGGAACUGACCUUUCUGUCAAGACCUUGUGUCAAUAUGACAGAAUGCAAAUUGAAUGCCUGAUCAUCCAAUGAGGUAGCUGAGGCAACUGAUAUACUGCCUGAACUCAUAAGGAAAUCUCCCAAGAGUUGGAUAUUUAACUUGAGGUGUGCUGUCCUACAUUAACAGAGAGAGAGGGAGAGGAUGAGGAGAUGGUACUCCAAAGAUCAUCUGAAGACUGAAGGGCAAGAAUGAAGCAGCAAGAAAGAACCUGAGGGUACCAUCACUUCAUGCCACCUGAACCAUUUUUGCCUGGAGAAGGGCUUCCAAUAAUAAUCUCAUCUGCUGAGCAGUUUCAAGCUGGGGAAGGCAGUCCUUAGGUACAUUUCCCUCAACCUGUUUAGGACUUCAGUGGUCAAUGUCAACAUGUAGAAUUGCUCCUAGGAACAAAAUAGAAGGGAAAUAAAGUAGUUGCACACAUACUGAUGAUUGCUAAUAGCUGAACAUUGUUACUUCCCUCUGAAUCCAAUUAUAAAAUUGCUCUAUUAAAAGCAUUUCUCUGCAGCUUCAAAAUAGCUUCAAUACAUCUGCUUUAUUUGUGGAACUAGUUAGCUCCAUGCCUCUUGUCAGGAGAACCUACUACUACACCAAAACAAAAGAGGAUCUGUGCUGUUUGAUCAGAUCCCGGGAAACUCAAACAGCCCUUAGGAUGCUGCAUAUGGGACAAUCAUUAGCCCCACUUCCAACAGACAAAGUAGGAAGCCAAUGCUGGCACAAACAGUGCUGCUGGGGAUGGUACUGUAUCCGUGUGUGGGAGUUUGGGUCAGAAUUGUAUAGGGAGUGUACCAGUUAAACUCUGGUAUUGGAACCAGCCCUGCUGAGAUGAAAUCCAAAUCCACAUAUUUCAAUGCUCGUCAGAGAACCGCUAAAUAUAAAUAUAACCAGAGUUGGUUUCAUGUCUGUCUCAAUGAAUGACACAUUUGUCAACAUCUGGCUUGCUCCCCAGGAGGUGAAAGGCUAAAUGAUGACUGUUGAAAGAUGGAAGGCCAGAGAGAAAUGAUAUGAGACCCUCUUUUUUUAAAAAAAAAUCAAAAUUAAAUGUGGAAUGAUCUUCUUAAAGAAUGCCCCUUGUGUGGAUUGCUGGAAUAGGAAUGCCUGUGGAUAACAGCUUGUAUCCCACCAAAGGCUGAAAGAGAUAAAAAAAAGAAAAAGAGAUGAGGAAGGGAAAUAGAGAUAAUGAGGGCAUAGAAAUUGCAAGUACUGCUGACUGGAAAAAGUACCAGUACAGAGUUGUGGCAACUUACGCUGAGGAAAAGCAUCAAUCUUCAAGUGUGGUGACCAGGAUCAUCAGGUAAUGUGGAAAAUAAAUUAUAAAUCAGUGCAUUGAGUAAAGUUACAUAUUUUCUCUAUGUGGGCAUUUUCUGUUGCAAUUAAUAGUGUGACCGUAAACAGGGUGACAGCCAACUAUGUACGUUGAAAUCAAUGGGCUUAGAAGGGCGUAAAUCUUAGAGUGGCGCUGUUAGAAAAUCUAGUCACUUGACUGCAGAUACUAAACAAAAUUGAACCGUUGAAUGAAGUUUCAAAUAUGAAGUUAUGUUAAACAGAGGAAUACACAACAAUUAAGCUAAUGUAAACCUAAAAUGUCAUAGCUAGCAGAAUAGGAUCUAAGAUUUUGUGUCUCCUCAUUCUCUUUUCUAUCAAUAUAGGCCUAGUUUUGAACCAAAUCUGCAAGCAAGUCAAUAGUUAUGAAUGCUUACAUUUGGUACAAUUAGUGUGAUGUGGAAGCAAGCAUGAAGUUUGCUUGAAACGCUGCCAGUGUUAAGAAUAGUUCACCUUGGUCCUAAUCCCACUGCUUGUUGCCUUACGGCAUGAGGCACUUCCCUUUUGAAGGAGGGAAAUAUUUAUUUCCCCUCUACUAUUGUGGGAUCCCACAAUGAGAAGGAAAUCUGCCUUCAUCUUACUCAGGUGGAAACUACACAUGCAUUUUCUCCCUGUACAAUUAUCUGAGAAGGGGCAAACUAUAGUUGAUGACAUAGUUCUGGUUCUAGUAAUUCUUAUUCUUAAGUCCAUCAGCUUCAAUGAUACUUGAAAUUCCAUGUUAGCACACUUAAAAUGAUCCUUUCUUCAUGUUUUAUGUUAGACAAUUUAUCCCCAGUGCCUUUCCAAGUAAGAGUUCAUAUAUUAAGAGCUGUGGAAAAUACUUAUACUCUAUUACAACUUAGCAUGAUUCCUGAUGGAGAAAUUUGUCAGUGUCUGAGGCAUGAACAUUCAUAAAUACCAUGGGAAUAUCCAUGCAAACCAUUGAUCAUCUAAAAGAGAUCAAUAUGGAUAGCAUGAUGGACAUGGAUAUAGAACAACCAUUGCUGCUGUCACAAAAUCAGCAAAAGUAAUUUCCAGCUCACAUGGUAGUAGCUCUUUUCUAUUAAGUAUUUCCUUUUCUACUUCCUGUCUUGAUGCUGCCUGUUACUGGAAACAUGACUUUAUGGAGCAUAUUCAGAGUUCUUCAGCUGCACAUGACUUUCCACUAGUUUCAUGUCAUUGUUUAGAAGGUUUUCUCCUGAUUUACUCCAGUGUAACAAUGGGAAAACUAUGAUUAUUGUGACCUUUUUCUCAUAAAAUCUCAUUACUUCUCCAUCCUCCUCUCAUCAUCCACUUGUCAUACUUGGAUAUGUAGCCCAUAUGUAUAGAAAAGUAGUGGUAGGAAACAUAUUGGAAAGUUCUCCAGUUGCUAUUGGAUUAAGGGAAACAAAAUGGCUAGUGAUGAGAUGACAGCCCAAAUAGAAAGUGCCAGUUGGACCAAUGAUUAGGUGAUGAUCAUGGAAAGUGGAAAACAAACAUUAACUUCCUCCAUCUACAAAGAAUCUGGGAGCCACAUUGUACAUAACACAAUGUUUCUUGCCCUUAUCUAGCUUAGAUCAUGAUACUUAUUGGCUGCUUUUUUCAGGAAACAUCAGUGAGAGCUAUUUUUUGUUGUUUAUGUGAAAGUUAUCAUGCCAAAACUUUAAUUACAGCAGUAGCAAUGGCCAAUACAUUAUCAUUGUAUUCAGGGUAAUGUUUUCAAUAUGUGGUUUUGUUAUUCCAUUUAAGAUGAGUACAUAUGUUGUAACUAAAGUUUCAUGAGAGCUAUGUUGAAAUUAAUUGGAUACAAAAUCUGCUGCUUGAAUGUUUCCAACCCAGAGUGCAUUGUACAGAUGUUAAAUUAUUUUUGUUAGUCUUUUCUUGGUGCCAGUCUGUUUUGUGAAAAUGUACAAUGAAAGAUAAAAACAUUUUAUCGCAAAGAAAAUUAAUAUUAUAUUUUCUUUACAGGUAUUUAUAACAUAUUAAAGACUUUACCAAGUACAGUUUUAAAAAUAUUAUAACAAACUUUAAAAAUAAUAAAUUAUAACCAACGAUGU